GCCGUACGCGGCGCUGUCCAACAUGGCGGCCAAGAAUCUGUGUUUUUGAUCGUUGAUAAGAUUCCAACACUUUGAAGCAGAUUGUUUGAAAUGCAAAGACUUAAAGCCAAAAUUAUCCAGGUGGCAAAGUUGGCAGCUGUUUCUUCUGGGCUGCCAUUUGUAUGUAUUACUGUAUAUGCAGCAACAGAAAAGGAAUCAAAAAGUCAGCUGGUGAAGCCAGAUAAGCUCCCCAUUUACAGUGCACCCCCUCUGAAGUCCAAGUACAUCGAGGAGCAGCCCGGGCGCCUGCAGCAGCAGCUCACGGCAGUGCGGACGACGACCGGCCGCUAUUUUGGCUGGUGUCAGAGUGUCUACGUCUUCAUUAAAAAUGGAAUAAUGGAUACAAUUCAGUUUGGAAAAGAUGCUUAUGUUUACCUGAACAACCCCCCUCCAGAAUUUCUUCCCAAAGCCGCUGUAAUUACGGUGUCAGGCCUGGUUGGUGUAGUGCUGGCAAGAAAAGGUUCUAGAUUUAAGAGAAUUGCUUAUCCAUUGGGACUUACUACUGUAGGAUAUUCUAUUUGUUACCCAGCUCAGUCAGUGGUCAUUGCUAAGGUAACUGGGAAAAAGUUACUUUGUGCGAGUCAUCAGACCUAUGAGGCUGUGAGGUCACUGUGGGCAGACAAGGAAACUGUCACCAAGCUGCAGCAAGAGUCAAAACCAAUUAUGCAAGAAGAUAAGAAAAAGAAGGGAAUUUCUAAUACCAAACCUGAGUCUGCUGUUGAGUCAAGAUCAUUUAACACAACAGAAUCUUCUCCAGGAGAGUCUCGGAGUAAUGAAGAGCCAGUGCCUUCAUCAGGAACAGGGAAGACAUCAAAAUUUAAGCCUAAUCCAAAACUUGUGGACCAUGGUCAGUCCAGCCCUGAAGAUGUGGACAUGUACAGCACCAGGAGCUAAGCCAAGUCUCCUUUACAAACUGCAAAAUGUUACAGAUAAGGGGGAGGGAAGAAGGGAAAGAAUAAUCUUUACAAUACGUACCCUGUGAGGUGUUUUCCUCAUAGGGAAAUUGUGAGAUAUUUUCUUAUCUCCAAUUUGUAUUAUUGACUUACGUGAUUCUGUUUAGUGCUUAUUUUGUUCCUGACUCCAUAUAAGCAGUGGGAAUUCACUCAGUGUCAUUAGUGGGAUACUGGGAAAACAAGAUUUGUCAGUGUCUUCUCCCAAUGAGGUUUCUCUGUGCCAAACUUGCUAAUAAAUGUCACUUCACAAAGGAUAUUUAAAAUGCAAACGUAUUUCUGCUUUGGCUCAGAUGUUCAUUGAUCUGAAUGAAGAAUGUGAGGGAUGGGGUUUGCAGAGGCUUCUUUGUCUUUUAUCUUUCAGCUCUGGAAUGAAUUACAAGUUGCUGCUGGUCUGAGUAUCCUUAAAAUCUCCAUGGCUGUAUCAUGUGAACAGCGUUGGCUUUAAAGUUUGUGUGAAAGAGUCACUUUUUUUCAUUAUAAAAUAAUUUGGUAUUGUUUGGUACUUUAGCAUGCAAAGGUGAAUGGAAACGGCUCCUUGUCCUGCACACCUCUGCUGUGUUCAAAUGUCUCUGAAGUUGGGCAAAAACACACAGCUGAUCUCUAAACAUCCUUACUAAACCCUGCAUCAGUUUUCACCUACUUCUAAUACUUGGAAGAACUGUGUUUAAAUUGCUUAAUCCAUGAAACUGAUACUGAAUUGAUAUAAAAUCCAGUAGAAGUGUUUAGGAAGUUUGAAAUCAGUAGCUCCAAGGUUUAAUCUGUUGACAGACAGUAAAAAUGCAGAAGUAGUAGGCAGCCAACCUUUUCAUCCCACAAGUUUGUAUGCAAUAGCUCAUUGAUUUCGCUAGAAUUUCUGUGAAAUUCUGUUUUUACAUAAGAAUGAUAUUAGAAAUUAAGUUUCCUAGGAUGAAACUUUCAAACACUGCUUUUAUCAUGGUGUAUAUCCCUGUACUUCUGUUCAUCCUCCAUUUCUCUUCAUUCUUUUACCUUUCAAUUAAUGAAAAUAUGGACUUUGCUGUAAACUUGAGGGGGAAGCAAGAGAAACCAUAUGAGCAGAUAGUGUGGAUGGAAAGCUAAAGCCUGAAAUGCUGCUGUUCUCAGCACUGGGAUGUGGUAGGAUAUUUGCCUCUGCCCUUCAGAAGAAGAAAUUUCACAACCUGAUUCCUUCUCCAAGGCUGCUGAUGCAAAGGCAAAUAACAGGCAGAAUUCCUGGUGUCCCUGUGGGAUCUGCAAAGUUGUGAGGAGAUGCAGGAUGGAACGUGCAGAAGGCACAAAUGGUGAAUGAACAAAAGAAGAAAAGCUUUUAGGAUGUGUCAGAAACAAAUUGAUAUUUUAAAAUCCAAAUUUCAGGUGAAGCGUUGGUCUUUGUUACACAGGGUCCAGUGCAAGGUGAAGUCACAAAAUGUGAAGUUUAAAAGAAUUCCUUUAGUUAAACUUGCCUGGGACAGCUGACAGGAUUUAAUGUGUUUUGUUUCUUUAAUCAACUCUUAAAGGCCCAGGCAAUGUCAGAAUUCAGGCAGCAAUCAGAGGAUAUUAAAUCAAUCUUCAGAGAGUUCCUGGACAUGCCACAUUUAGUGUUUCAUCAAAGAGAGAGGAGUAGAAAAAUUAGAUGGCUGGGCUUCAUAUACCAUUUCAAGGGAAAUAGAUGAAGACAUAAGUGAAAAUUGUGAAGAAAUUAUCAUUUUCAAGUGCAUGACUGGAUGCCAGAAAUUGUAUUAUCUGUCUCCCUUUGAUAACAUUCUGGAUAAACACAUAAAGGAAAAGCCAUCUGCUCUACUCCCAGAUUGUUAAAUUCUAACUCUGAGUUAUGUGCUACCACAGCAAGUCAACAGGAAAGGUAAGAUGAUGCAGAUUUGCUUGGAUUUUGCAGGAGUUUACUGUGGUGAGAUUUUUCAGGACAUAAUGAAAAACUCUGCCCUGGAAUUGGUCUCGUGGGAGCAGGGAGAGGAGCUGCCUUGGAUUGCUGCUACGGAACCAGCACAUCUCCCUUCCCAGGAGAACAGGCCUUGGGACACUUCCCUGAUGCCAAAAUCUGCCCUGGGACUUUGCCAGGUUUUGAGGGCGUUUCCACGCAGACCUGGUGAUGCAGGUGGAGGUGUCUGGUCUGCAGAUACCCAUUGGCUCUGUGGUUGGGCAGGCAGGAAUCAGGUGUUCAUGCAAGCCCUUCCAUUGCAGCCCCUGAUCCUGUUCAUGCUGUGCAUGGCCCCAGUACACAAAGCUGUCCUGGGGCUGGAUUUCAGUCUCAAAUUGCUCCUUAGGGCAGCGUUGGGAUAGAAUUGAACCUCAGAGUUAAACAUCUUCUGGGACAGAACUUAAAAUGAGUGUUCCCACCCACUGUGAUGAACAAACAGGAUGGAGGAUGCAGCUCUGUAGCUCACAGAAUGGAGUCCCUGUGAUGUGGGAUUUUUGGUAGGUGAGAGGAGCGCCCAGUACAGGAUUAUUCCAGCUCAGGGUUUGCCAGGUGUCUGCCCCAUCCCUAGAAGUGUCCAGGACCAGGAUGGACAGGGCUUGGAGCAACCUGCAAGGUGUCCCUGCCUCUGGCAGGGGUGGAAGAGUGGGCUGGAAGGUCCCUUGCAGCCCACACCGGUCAAUGGUGAUGCUGCUGAUGUUAUUGUCACUUUUUAAUUUAGUUUUUUCAUCAGCUGAGAUUUCUUUUCUCCUCAAGGCAGGGUAAUUUUCUGUUUAAUUUGUAUCACCAGUUUUUGUUUACUAUCCCUACACAGUGUGGUUAAAAUUAGAAGGUUUGGUUGUGAAACAGGUACAGCUAAAGACAACUCUUCCCUAACUGCAGCCAAAGAAAGUGGGAGAAAAGUAUGGGAAGUUUUGUAUUCUGGCAGCUUUGUGUUCUCUGCUUUCAGUUCAGACAUCUGAACCUCCAGCCACAUGUCUGUAUUAGUAAUUUCUAGUAAAGGUGCUAUGCAAUGGCUUUAAAAAAGCAAAUUCAGAUCACAUGAUGCCAUGCUUGUGAGUCCUGGCUCACCAUGUGCCUGACUUGGGCUCUUGAAGGUUUCAGACCCAAUAGACAAACCUGUUACAGUGAAAAGUUAACAUAAAAUGUGGGAAAAGUUUUGAGACAUGGUUUUAUUAAUUUAUUGUGAAACACUUUGAAAUGCCUCUCAAAUGUAUCCUUAAGAGUCACUUAUUUCACAAUGCAAUAAUAUAGUAACAUCAUAAAAGUAAGAAUGUAUAUUGUAAUUUUUAUAUAAGUUAUAUAUUUUGAAAAAUUCAAUGUCUUAAAGAAUGGGGUCACAUGUAUUUUAUAAUGCAGAAAUAGCUUUAAUGCAUGUUUUUUUAAUUUAUGGUUGAUUGUAUUCAAUAUAGAGAGAUUUGGAGCUUGUUUAUAUUAAUUUUUUAUUUACAUAGAAUUGGUUGUGAUACUUUAUUUUGUCAUAACGCUGUGAAGCACGUGGAAAUAAAGGGUAA